UUUCACUGCAACUUAUUCGAUGUUGAUAACAGCAUAUCAUGUUCACCAUGUACUUCUUAGCAAUUUUCUUGGCUCUUUUCCAUGUUUCAGCAGGUAUCCUUAGCUUAGAUGCCAAUCUAGGGCUCUUGGGUAAAGGAUCCUCUAAGAAGUCUGAAGCCCUCCCUCGGUGCAGGCCAAUCGACGGACCAAUUUUCUCUAGGAAUCCAGCCGUUGCCAUCUUUAUAAGAGUCUUCAUUGGAGAAGUAAUUAACUCGAAGUUACUGCUCUCACUUUUCGAUCUCAGCAGCUCGACACCAGAGGAGUACAGCGACUUUUUAUACAAGUACAACUUAGAUCUUUAUACUCGCCAAGGUUACAAGGAAGCAGAUGCAAUUGCAGAGUUUUCAACUCGAGCCAUUAGACAAUAUUUUGAUGUUUUAUCCGUGGCAUUAGUAGUGAGAGUUAAAGCCAGCACAGUCGCUAAUUUCCUCUUUGUUGAAGGACUUCUAACAACACGCACCGCCGAGAGAUUGGCUUUGAAGUAUGCUGAUAUCAUUAAGAAGAGUGCCAAGACCAAGAUGACUGCAGACGACACCUCUAAGUUUCAGAUUAUAGCAGACACUUUCUUCGAAUUUAUACUUUCAGUGGAUAUAAAUGCAAGGAUAACGUCUCCAAUUGCCACUUACUACUAUGGGAAUGCGUGGUUUUUCUAUGCUGUACACAGAGAAUUAAUCGGAAUUUUGUGAAAAAACUAUUCUAUGUAACAAA